AUGAUCGUCAAACUCACCCAACCAUACAGCUUCCUGGAUGACUACAGCGAGGGUGCUCAUCCACGCCUACUGCAGUCCCUCCUCCUCACCAACGCCACACAACAAACCGGUUACGGCACCGAUGAGUACACACACGAAGCUCGUCAAUUAAUUUACUCUCAAAUACAAGCCACCGACGAUGAAGUCGCCAUCCACUUUGUCCCCAGUGGAACGGCCGCCAAUCUCAUCUCUAUUGCCAGCUGUCUGCGGCCGUAUGAAGCCGUUCUGGCUGUAGAAACCGGACACAUCCUGGACAAAGAAGCCGGAGCCAUCGAAGCCACCGGUCACAAAGUCAUCCCCGUGCCCGGGGUCCGGGGGAAAAUGACCCCUGAGAAUCUCGAGCGGGUCUUGGAUCGCAAUACCUUUUUCCCGCACAUGGCCAAGCCGCGGCUGGUGUACAUCUCCAAUGCGACGGAGGUGGGCACGAUCUACACGCGGAGUGAGCUGCGGCGGCUGUCGGAGACGUGUCGACGGCGGGAUUUACUGCUGCAUGUGGACGGAGCGCGAUUGGGGGUGGCGCUGAGCGCCGAGAUGAAUGAUCUCACCCUGCGCGACAUGGUCGAUUACACGGAUAUCUUCUGGAUCGGUGGCACGAAGAUGGGCGCCUUGCUGGGCGAGGCGGUCGUGGUGCGCAGAAGUCUGGCCGAAGGUUUUGAAUUUAAUAUCAAGCAGCGCGGAGCCUUGCUGGGCAAGUCUCGCGUCAUGGGAGUGCAAUUUGCCGAGUUGUUUCGGGAUGAAUUGUAUUUUGAGCUGGCUAGACAUGCCAAUGCAAUGGCACGGCGCAUUUCGGCGCAGUUUGAGCGCAUGGGAUGGGAGCUGGCGGCCGACACAGAAACCAACCAGGUGUUUGUCGUGGUACCGGAUGCGAUGCUGCAUCGGCUGGCAGAGCGCAUUCGGUUCUACGAGUGGGACAAGCGUGAAACUGGCACGGUGAUUCGCAUUGUGACAUCUUGGGCUACGGAUGAGAUGGCGGUCAAGUGCAUCCACGAUGGCCAUCCUCCCUGCCGUCGCUGCCACCGCCUCAAUCGCGAUACUUGCGUCCUGACCGAUCCGCGCUCUCCCGGUGUGCCAAACACAACGAGGACAACCGCGACCACUCCCACAGCCAGCUCGCCCGCUCUUACGCCGACUCCUCCUCAUUCCGCUAACCCCAUCACUGCUAUCGCCCCGGCCACUCUCAUCGCAGCAUGCGACAUCUAUCGCAAGAAAUUCCCCGUCGUCAACUUCCUCCACUAUCCCUCGCUGAUCGCCGAUCUCUCCCACAAUGCCUCCGCGGUUGAACCCGUUUUUCUUUCAGCUCUACUUUCUCUAUGCGCCCGCUUCAUGCCCGACGCCGCCCUGGCUGCUCCUGAAACCUACGCCGAGUAUGCGCGCUCUCAGCUGGCCCAUCGCGCCUUCGAAGCUCCCUCCCUCUAUCUUGCCCAAUCCCUUGUCAUGAUCUCGCUGUAUGAGUGGGGGUCUGGUCGGCCUUAUCGCGCGUGGAUGUGCAGCGGCAUGGCCACCUACAUGAUCCAAUCCCUCCUCAAGACCGCCGAUGACACCAUGGAACAACAACCCCUUCUCGACCUGCCCGCCCAUCGCAUCACCUACGAACAGCUGGUCCGCACCUACUGGUGCUGCUUCGCGCAGGACUGCGAGCUCAGCUCCGGCGCCCGCCAACACUUUGCCCUCUCCUUCCGCCAGAUCUCCGUGCCCCUCCCCAUCAGCGAUUCCGAUUUCACCUUUGGGAAAGCAACACCGCGCUUGAUGCCGGCGGACAUGAACCGCUCAUCCUCUUUGGCACUGAAUCUAUCCAUCGAUCGGGGAUUGACUAUCGUCACACGGGGCUUUGACAUAUUCGUUCGUAUACUCCGAUUUGCCAAUGAGAGCCGUCGCGGUCGGGCGCAAGGAUCGGCAGGGCUGUCUCUUCGCGCGUGGGAGAUGCUCAAAGCCGAGCUGGACGAGUGGAGGGGGCUUCAGGACGCGACGGUGCGGUAUCCCGAGACCAAUGCGCAGGCGCAUGUGGCCUUGGGGUCGGGGGAGUUGUUCGCUUAUAUCAACCUGGUGUAUUUUAUGAGUAUUCUGUUCCUUUACCGCGACCGCUUCCUCUCCACCCCCAAAUCAUUCAUCGACCAUCAGGAUCCCGCCGACGACGAAGCCAUUGACCACCUCUUCGCGACAGCCCAGCACAUCGGCACUAUACUUGCUGCUCUCGAGGCCUGCGCUACUCCUGUCAUUACCCCUUACGCAGGGUUCAGCGUCUUCGUCGCCGCCCAUAUUAACAUGUAUGGGACUGUCUGUCCGGGCCGGUACCCGGGGGGUCUGGCGCGCGCGCAGGAAGAGAAGAAGAUGAAUCUGGAGUAUCUGGAGCGACUGUGUCGGUUCUGGGAUGUGGGUACGAGCUGGUGGCGAACCCUCCAAGAAGCCAACCGGUUCUAUGAAACUGCCCGAACCACGGCCCAAGGCCCUACAGGCGUUUCCCGUCCGGAGCAUCUCACCCUGGCUGGUACCCUUGAUGAAUACGGCGACAUUCGUGUCUCGCGACCUGAGACAGCGCCCGCUUCACGACGCCGCCCAGGAGUAUCCUCGGAGGGAGUUGGAGUGCGACGCAUGUCGGUGGCCGAGCUGACAGCGCCAGGCGGUAGUGGAAGUAGCGGUGGUAGUGGUGAAUGGGCAGAUGUGGAGGCGGAGAUGUGGCAGUGGCCGUUUCUCGACGAGAAUUGGUCGCUGGGGUUCGACACGGGGUUCGAGUCGGCCUGGCCGGGGUUGAGCUGA